CCUUGACCCUGGGCAUGCAAAUGGCCUGUGUACAUGUGUGGUGGCCUCCAAAAUGGUCACCAGACCGGGGGGGCGGCAGGAGGAACUGCCAGAGACCCCCCCACGGUCGUAGCAACACCCCCGAGGCCGCAUAAGCCCUCAGCAGUGAAGCAGUCGCCUGGGUGGUGAUCUGGUGCUUGACCUUGCAUCGUUGACGCUUGCAGCGUAGUUCACAUUAGUUUAAAUGGUACCGUUGAAAGCCCCAGGGAUGCCACAUACAACUAAGCCCAAGUACUUGGGAUUGAAGCCAAAUUCAGCUCUCUUGAAGGCCCGUGGGACAAAAUGGGAUUCAACAGGAGAUCAGAGAAAUACACAAAAGCAUCCACUGGAGCGCCAAGCCUGUGGGGCUAUAUAAAGAAAGCCUUGACGAGGAAUUUCACAGUUGCAGAGAAGGCGGCGGCAGCAGCAGCAGCAGCAGAAGAAGAAGAAGCAGAAGUUGGGAUUCAACAGGCGCAGAACGUGAGCUAGCCAUGGUGAUCCCGCCUGCUCUCCACUUCUCGGCUUUCCUGCUAGCCUGCAUGCUCCUGAAGAGCUGCUGGGCUUUCAAGAAUGAUGCUACGGAGAUCCUUUACUCCCACGUUGUUAAAACCAUUCCUGCUAACAACAGCACCCUCAAUCAAGCCAGAAAUGGAGGCAGGCACCCUGGAUUCGAUCGGAGCAGUCGUGUCCAAGUUGGCUGCCGGGAACUGAGAUCCACCAAAUACAUUUCAGAUGGCCAAUGUACCAGCAUAAACCCUCUGAAAGAGUUGGUAUGUGCUGGUGAAUGCCUUCCUUUGCCAGUGCUGCCCAACUGGAUUGGAGGAGGUUAUGGAACCAAGUACUGGAGCAGAAGGAGCUCACAGGAGUGGCGAUGUGUCAAUGACAAAACCCGCACCCAGAGGAUUCAGCUUCAGUGUCAAGAUGGAAGUACAAGAACCUACAAAGUAACUGUGGUUACUGCUUGUAAGUGCAAGAGAUACACGAGGCAGCACAAUGAAUCCAGCCACAACUUUGAAGGAGCAUCUCAAACAAAGCCUGUGCAACACCAUAAAGAGAGGAAAAGGAACAGCAAGUCCAUGAAGCAUGUCACAAGUUAGAACUCACUUACACAUUGUAAACAUUGAACUCAUCCGUAAUAAUCACCAGCUUUACAGAUAUCACUGCCAAAAAAACCCUGUCAUGUCAUUGUUACUUCUCUGAUACUUGUACAUACUUGUGGUUUUGACCAAACUCAGAAGGGCAUUCUGUGCAUAAGGACCUUUUUGGUGAUCAUCCAUAUUUUCAAAAUGGGCUACAAGCCUUUUGUUGUUGCUCUUUAUCUUUUCACUGGGAACAGAUAAUUGUCGCCAUAGAGAGGUACUGUUAUGCGUUUUCAUGGGCAUGCUUUCUUAAAAAUUGUGUCCAUGUUCCACACACUACAUUAAAAAGGACAUAAACUCUUUGAAUUUCACUCCAGCAAACAAAAGCAUUGUGCAUGCUGAUUCUCCCCUUCCACCCAAAUAUCUGUACCAACAAAUUAGAAAACAAAAAUGAAAAAAAAGUUAUACGUGACAGAAGCUGAAAAGCAAAUCUGAACAAAGCCUAUUUAUUUAUCAGUGUAGUUAUUUAAUGAGCCUUUGUGUGUUUUCUAUUUUUUAAGAUGCCUGUUUUAUGUUUUAUUGCUUUUUCCAUGCAUCAAAGUAUUUUCUUAUGAUUUGUGGUCAAACUAGAAUAUACAUUUUGUAGAUAAUGUAAAAUAGAUAUUUUAACCGUUGUAGUUCUUGUUUUAAUGUUCAACUCAAGUAAGAAACAUUGCAAAAAUGUUUGUAAAUACAUUGUAAAAUACAUUUGUAUUUUUUCAAGUGUGCAGUCAAAAGGUAAACUUCAUAUCAAUUCCAUCCAUUUUUAAUAAAAACAAACAAACAAAGCA